AUGCCAGUCAUCGGCUCCGAACUGCACUCCGCCGCACAGAAGCAGGGCGCAGAGGCACCGCGGCAUGGGGAGCUGCAGUACCUGGAGCAGGUGGAGCACAUUAUGCGCAGCGGUUUCAAGAAGGAGGACCGUACAGGCACUGGCACCUUGUCGGUGUUUGGCAUGCAGGCGCGAUACAGCCUGAGAGAUGAAUUUCCUCUGCUCACAACCAAACGAGUGUUCUGGAAGGGAGUUUUGGAGGAGUUGCUGUGGUUUAUUAAGGGCUCCACAAAUGCUAAAGAACUGUCCUCCAAGGGAGUGAGAAUAUGGGAUGCCAAUGGGUCUCGAGAUUUUUUGGACAGCCUGGGAUUCUCUGCACGACAGGAAGGAGACCUGGGCCCAGUUUAUGGUUUCCAGUGGAGACAUUUUGGAGCAGACUACAAAGAUAUGGAUUCAGAUUACUCGGGUCAAGGAGUAGACCAGCUGCAAAAAGUGAUUGACACCAUCAAAACCAACCCUGAUGACAGAAGAAUCAUCAUGUGUGCCUGGAACCCAAAAGAUCUUCCCCUGAUGGCACUGCCUCCUUGCCAUGCACUCUGUCAAUUCUAUGUGGUAAAUGGGGAACUGUCUUGCCAACUUUACCAGAGGUCAGGAGAUAUGGGUUUGGGUGUGCCCUUCAACAUUGCCAGCUAUGCCCUCCUUACCUACAUGAUUGCACACAUCACGGGCCUGAAGCCAGGUGAUUUUGUCCAUACUUUGGGAGAUGCACAUAUUUAUCUGAAUCAUAUUGAGCCACUGAAAAUUCAGCUUCAGCGACAACCAAGACCUUUCCCAAAGCUCAAAAUCCUUCGAAAAGUUGAGACAAUUGAUGAUUUCAAAGUUGAAGACUUUCAGAUUGAAGGUUAUAAUCCACAUCCAACUAUUAAAAUGGAAAUGGCUGUUUAGAGCUCUUUCAAAGAUGUUGUGAAUACCAUCAGACUUCAGGUUUCAAGCCUGAUGCCCAGGGUAAAAAGUUUUUCUCUAAAGGAAAAUAAAGUAAAACAAAA